CGGUUGCCCGGGACAACCUGGCGGCCUGGGUCAGGCGGGGAGCGCAGCGCUGGGCAGUCGUAGCCGUGGACGGCGUGGUGCUCGGAGGCUGCGGGAUAUUUUUUUUUAAUAUAGAUUUUCUGCUAUCAAGUUUAAAUGUAAAGAUGCUCAAAUUGGAGAGCCGCCUAGUCCAGGUUCAACAAGCAUGUGGCCCAACAAAAUUUCCUGAAAAUGAAGAAAAACUUACUGAAGUGCAAGCUUUUCAGAAGUUUCUUUUACAGCUAAGAUUGCUUGGUGGAUUGGCAAAAGAAGCAAUUUUUUGUAAUCUGCGAGUCCCAGACCAGUUUCAGAAAUCGAAAGAAGAGAUCAAUGUUGUCAUCCUCACAGGAAAAGGAGUGUUCUGUUUGGAUCUGAGGAACUGGAAGGGCAGAGUUUCUUCCCAGAACAACUGCUGGCUGUUGCAGGUACCAGAGAAUACAGAAUUGUUGAAAAACACUUCAAUCAAACAAUUUGCAGACCCAGUUCAGAGAAUUAAGAAGAAAACACUAAAUUUAUGGAAUCAUUUGAUGAAAAAUGGUGCGUGUCUUCGCCAGAACGCCUUCUUCCCACGAGUUGUCUUUCUGAAUCCUGUAUGUGAACUGGACUCAGAAGUGCCUCAGAUAAAUGAGGUCAUAGCUCCAAGCAAUGUUGAAUCCUUUAUUUGUUCGUUCAAGCAAGGCUAUGUGUCAUGGAUGACCAAUAUUUUUACACCACAUUGGUUAUCUGGCCACUUAUCAUUCCGCCACAUCAGUGAUUUGACAAAAGCACUUGAAAAAAUUGGCACAUGGGACAUUUUGGACCUGCAUGGUGGACAACGGUUGAUAGGUGACUAUCAAGGCUGCGUACAUAUAGCUGUGAAUCGAGAUGAGACAGAUGAACUAGAAUUUUCACAUCAGAGGAAUUUGACUACUGGGUAUCUCUGGGCCCUGAUAGGUUAUUCACCACAGGUGACUGUCAAGAUGUACAAGCGAGGGGGUCACGGCUGGUUAUGGAGAGCUGUCUCUAGCACAGUGGUUAUUCCAUACAACUCCCACGUCGCUUUCAGGGUCUGUGGAGAGGACGCAGAUGCCAAGAUCCCAGCCAACAACAUCGACAGAAUCAUCCUGAGCAUAUGAAAUUGAUUUCAGUAUUAAAUCGGCCGUGGCAGCUGUGCCACAUUAUUACAAUAAUCUGUGGCCACUCUUCAUUGAUUAGUUAAUUUGUGUUCUUCAAAUAAUCGAAAAGCAAAUCUCAUUAGCCAUAGGUCAGUGGACAAGAAAAAAGGGAAAAUUCAUUUUGAUUGUCUAGUUGGCUGAAAAAAUGCAAAGCAUUAAGCUGUGUAAGUUAGAGUGUACUGUGUGCACUCCAUUUUAAGAGUGUUUAGCCACCCUGAUAAUUAAUAACUAGAGGACAACUUUUCUUUUAUAGUACUAGUGAGGUCAUGCAGAUCAGAUGAGAGUUGAUACUCUUGAGUUAUAAACAGAAUUGCAUGUCAGGUGUUUAAUGUAAAAAAACUUUUAUUAACACAACUGUUGGUUAUGACAUUGAAAGAGACUUUCUGUUCUGUUUAUAUGCCUAUGUUUUCACUAUUGAUCUUUAUAAACGGGAGGAAUGUGCUAUGUGCUGAAGGUUAUAUUUUCUAACAAGUGUAAAGGAAUUGUAUCUUUUUAAAAAGUAAAUUGCCAUUUUAUACUAUCAGAAUGCUUAAAGUCACAUUGUUUAAUUUUAUUAAUUUAAUUGAAAGUUAAUCUUUAUAAUUUUUUUAAAUGAACUAAGAUUAAUUUUCUUCAGUCGCUUAAUGUUGAGUCAGUCAUAAAAGAGAGAGAACAGAAGCCCAAGAUGUCGGGAGGUAUGUUGAUUGGAUUUGAAUGCUGUGGAGUGUGCUUCUUGUAAUUAAAUCAGCCUCAACCUCCCUCCACCUCAUUUACCUAUUUCCACAGUCGGAGCGAUGCAGUCACACCCACCACCAUCUCCUUCCCCGCCCCUCCUCCAACUCUACCCCAAACAGCAAGCAGUGGGAGGUAAUGCCAUAAUCCUUCGGUCAUUGAACAACUUGGAGAAUCUACGAACAACCUGAAAAGGAAUGUACGCAUUAACAUAGCUUUUAUUGCAACUUCAGACAUUCCCAAAGGGCUCAACAGUUAAUGAAAUACAUUUAAAUUGUAGUCACUGCUCUCAUUAUAGAGAAUGCAGCAAAAUAAACUGUCAAACACCACUGAUUUGAAUGACCAGAUAAAUCUGAUCACGUUCAGCUGUUUAUUUCAAUGCUAUGCUGCGUAAAAUUGAUUUUUUUUCCCGGGGUGAAAUGUGCAAACGAUUACAGGGUCAUUUCACCUCAUUCCAGAAAUUUGAGUUGGCAAUUUUUAACUUGAGUCACAUUUUAUAUGUGGUGUAAUUUCUGUGUCAGGUCCACAUCAAAUGACAUAAUUCCCCAUGUAAUGUGCCUUUUGACAUUUCAUUGGGGAAAUUACACAGUUUUGUUCCAAGCAACUCAUCCUGAACAAUUACACUGCACUGAACUAGAAAUCUAUCAUUCAGUCUCCCAUCCACUCCUGUUCCAAACUCACACUCACCCACUAAUCUUGCAUAUUGUUGGGUGCAUUUCUGAAACACAAACACCCUGAUACCUUCCCCAAACCGGUUGUCAAGCCUACACGCUACUCACCAACCACCACCUCCUCGUCCCUGUAACUUCCCAAUUUAGGCUUCAAUCUCCCAGAGCAUCUCACCACUCCCACCCCUAAUGUCUAACCAUCUGGACUACAUGCUUCACAUCAGCACUAAUCAGACCUCCAAAGUCAGCCUCUAUGUCUCACCCUCCAUCCAUCCAUGUGGCUCCAACACUCUUGGUCUCAAUAUCAAUGCCAGCAAUUCAGUAAAAAAAGGCAUGAAGGGCAAAAAGGUAGUGAGUUAGUGGUAUGGACCCAUCAGAAAGGAGUACGGGUGAAGAAUAUAACACAGUUGUUUGCUUCUGUCCAUUUUGUGUUUUAUCAAAGUAAAAUGUUACCCUCUAUAAGUUUUAAUAUAACUAAGAGGAAGCAUUACAAUAAAAUGGAUGAGCUGAUAGAUCAAUAAGGUGUUUAACAUAUGGAGUUCAAUAUAUGAUGAUGCUAAAAAAUUAUCAUCUCUGUCAUGAGAGUCAAGUUGUUCAAAAGGACUUAGAUACAUUUGAAAGAGAGUUAAAGUAAAGAAUAACUAAUAACAAACAAGAAUAACUAAUAACAAGCAAGGCUGAAAAGAUGUGUGUUGCCAUGUUGAAAUUUGGCUUCACUCCAUUGAAAUAGGAUUGUGAAAUACAGCAUGCAGGUACUAUCGUAUCUCACAUUUAAUUCCACUGAUUCUGGCCGUAAAAGGCCACUAAGUCUGACUUGCCAUUUCUAUCUGAAUACCCCCACUUCCAAACACCACCAGCAACUGGUGCCUCAGCUCAUCAAUGAGUGAAACCAUCAUUAAUACUUUUGUCACCUACAGUUUUUACUAUACCAAGUGUCAACUGUUCACAGGACAUCUUAAGGACUUAGAUGGUGGACUAGAGAGCAAUAUUUUCUCAAAUUUAUCUGAAAAGAUAGUGCCUUAUAAGAAUGUGAAAUUAACAAACAAAGAUAGUAAAGUGUGAGAUUAUCCAUUUCUGAGCAAAAAACGAGCACAUCACUCCAACUUGGUAAUUUUUUCAAAUAGUGUAAAUUCAAAGGGAAAACCUACCAGUGCCUAUAUAUCGUCUGUUAAAAUGUCAUGGAGAAGUACAAAACAAUCCAAAGAGCUACUAGAAUAUUUGUCUUUGUACUUGGAGGUCAAGAACACAAGGGGUCAUGACACAAAGUUAUGCUAGAGCAGUGCAAAUUCUAGUUAGACUAGACCAGAAGUACUCCAUUCAGUUCUUGCCAGUGCCCUAUAGUGGUGUAUCAAUAAAUUAUCUCCUCAACCUAAGUUAGAGAGAAGCUGCUAAAAUGCAACUAGAUCUGUAACUCUGCUUUGAAAAUGCAAUGCUAAAUAAGAUGAGAACCCAUGGUAUUAGAGGGAAGAUACUAGCAUCGAUAGACGAUUGGUUGACUGGCAGAACACAAAGACUGGGAAUAAAAUGGGCUUUCUCUGGUUGGCCAGCAGUGAUUAAUAGUGGACCUGCGUUGGGGCCACAACUUUUCACAUUAUGUAAAUUAUUUAGAUGGUGGAAUUGGUGGGUUUGUGGCCAGUUUUGAAGACAAUUACCUUGCGGGGCAGGUAAUGUAGCGGAAGCAGGGAGUCUGCAGGACUUGACAUGUUGAGAGAGUGGGCAAAAUGGCAGAUGGAAUACAGUGUAGCAAAGUAUGUGGUCAUGCACUUAUGUAGCAGGAAUAAAGGUGUAGGCUAUUUUCUAAAUCGGGAGAGGAUUCAGAAAUGGGAGGUACAAAGGGACUUGGGAGUGCUGGUACAGGUUUCCCAAAAGGUUAAUGUGCAGGUUGAAUCGAUAGUAAAUAAGGCAAAUGCAAUGUUAGCAUUAGCAUUUGAGAAGACCUGAAUAUAAAAGCAGGGAUAUAAUCUUCAGGCUUUUUCGGACACUGGUCAGACUGCAUUUGGAGUAUUGUGAGUAGUAUUGGGCCCCAUAUCUGAGAAGGGAUGUGCAAGCGUUGGAGAGGGUCCAGAGGAGGUUUACAAGAAUGAUGCCGGGAUGAUUGGGUUAACGUAAUAUGAGCGAUUGGCAGCUCUGGGCCUGUACUUGCUGAUGUUUAGGAAAAUGAGGGAGGAAUCUCAGUGACACGUACUGAAUAAUGAAUGGCCUGCAUAGUGUGGAUGUGGAGAAGUGGGAUAGUCUAGAACCAGAUGCACAGCCUCAGAAUAAAAGGAUGUACCCUUAGGAAGGAGAUGAGGAGAAAUUUCCCUACCCAGAGGGUGGUGAAUCUGUAUAAUUCAUUGCCACAGACAGCUGUGGAGGCCAAGUCUUUGGGUAUUUUUAAAGUGGAGAUUGAUAAAUUCUUGAUUAGUAAGGGUAUCAAGGUGGAGGGAAGGCAGAAGAAUGGGAUUGAGAGGUAAUGACAGAUUAGCCGUGGGUGAAUGGCGGAAUAAACUUGAUGUGCCGAAUUGGCCUAAUUCUGCUCCUAUGAUUUAUGAACUACAAAUAUUAUCAAAACUGGGCCAGAAAAUGUGAUUAUAAAAUGGCAAUUGGGCUGUUAGUUCAUUUAUCUUCCAUCAGAACCAAACUCUGGCCCAAUCCAUCCGCAGAUAUAAUCUUGUGCAUGCAUUUUGCACUUUGGACUUGACUUUUCUACUAUCUCUCAUUUCUCAACCAAUAUAAUUUGAAACAAAACUCCCAUCAGUUCAAGUUCACUCAAAAUCCCUGUACUGGCUUAUCUAUAUUGGCACAAACUCAAAAUACCUUGAAAGAAGCAGAAAAUCCUCUCAGAUGAAUUGAAUUAGCAGGUCACACUUGUGGAGAGAGAAACCUAGUUAGUCUGGUUGAAAAUCUUUCAUCAGAACCAGGAAAUGCUAGGGACCUCCAACCUUAAUAUUGCCCUUCCACCACAACCCUCUGUCUUCUAUCAGUAAACCAGUUCUGAAUCCAGAAAACCAAGUCAUUGUUAAUCCCGUGCAUCUUAAUCUUCUGGAUCAGCCUACCAUGGGGGACUUUAUCGGAUAUCUUAAUAAAAUCCAUGUCAACAUUUACCGCCGUACCCACAUUGAUCACCUUUGUCCCUCAAAAAACGUGAAGAAAAUUGAGGGAAAGAAAGGUUUAUUCUAUAUGCUAUGUGCAGCAGAAUCUUUAAUUGUGUUCUUUGGAGAUGCAUUUAUAAUUUUGCAUCACCUGGCACAUUAUAUUCAACUGUAGAAGCUUCAGUGAUAGGAGCCCUUCAGAGCAAAACAGCAUUUGCACUACAGAGUAAUUACUUGUAUGAAAGACGUUCUGCUAUUCAUUUCAGCUUUUCCAAAAUAAUACAUCUAAACUGCAAUAAUACUUACAGUAUGUCAUUGAACUACAUGAUGAAUAGAAAUUGGUUUAACAGCAUCAUAAUUAAAUAGCUUAAUUAGUCUGUUAAAGGCGGCUCAGUUUCCAUAAAAGAUGGAGAUGGUUUUAUUUAGUUUUGUAAAAAUCAAUGUAUAAAGUUUGAUAAACUGGCAAAUUUGGCAUUUACUGUAACCACAUCACAAUGUACUAAUUGUAUAAUGUGACAUCAUGAUCAGUAGUCAUCAAACAUCUAACAUUUUGAAUUCGCCUUACCUUUCAAAUUUGGCAUUAAAUAUUUAAUUCCUGCAAUGUAAUAUAAUAAUGGUAACCUUUCUGUCUGGAAUGUCUUUGCUAUAAACUCGUACACUUUCAUUUAAUCCUUUUGUGUUGACUCAGCUCAGAAAUGUAUUGCCAGAAUUCAGACGUUAGAUGUGGAGGCAACCACUUUACAUAUACAUACUGGACAAAAACUGACUUUUACUUGUGCAAAAUAAUCCCACUCAACAAGAAUUUGGAAGAUAAAAAUAAUUAUAAGAAGAUCAAAUUAAAUAACAUUUUGGUACCACUGGGCAAAAUAUCUGACACCUGAAUGUGCACAUAAUUUAAUUCUAACCAUUUGGAAGCCAUAAUUAAAUCAAUUGCAGGUACAAUCUAUUCUGUAGAGAAUAAGAUCAACAUGAGAAUAAUAAACCUUCAAUCAACAACUUUACAACAUGGAUUAACUGAGAUCAGUAUAGCACAAGAACAGGCCAUUCUGCCCACAAUGCCUGUGCCGACCACAAUGCCAGAUUCAACUGCAUAUCUGCCUGCACAUGGUCCAUAUCCCUCAAUUCCCUGCCUGUGCAUAUGUCUGUCUAAAUGGCUCUUAAACUUUGCAGUUCUGCUUCCACUAGAAACAUGUUCCGGGGACAUACCACUCUCUGUGUUUGAAAACCUCCCACUCAUGUUAAAGCUGUGCUCUCUAGCUUUGUGAUUUCCACCUUGGGGGAAAAUUUACUCUGAUGACCAACCUUGUCAGGACCUCUCAUAUUUUAAUAUAUUUCUAUCAGGUCUCCCCUCACUCUCCGCGCUCCUGAAAAAAGCAAGUAAGUUUGUCCAACCUCUCCUUAUAGUUAAUACUGUAAUCCAGAAAACAUCCCUGUGAAUGUUAGGGGAGGAAUGUUAGGUAACAGUUAGAUAUAGCUCUUAAGGCUAACGGAAUCAAGGAACAUGGGGAGAAAGCAGGAACGGGGUACUGAUUUUAGAUGAUCAGCCAUGAUCAUAUUGAAUGGCGAUGCUGGCUCAAGAGCCAAAUGGCCUACCCCUGCACCUAUUUUCUAUGUGAACAUCUAUUAUGCCCUUUUCAAAGCAUCCACAGCUUUCCUGCAAUGCAGUGACCUGAACUGCACACAGUGAGCAAGGAUUUACAGUAUUGAACACAAUUGUAAGCACACAAUUUAGCAAAUAAGUCAAUGUAAAACUUAUUCAUGCAAUAAGCUUUUAAGAUUUGGAAUAGGUUACCUGAUGGGAUGCUAGGGACAGCUUCAAUAGCAGCCUUCAAAAAAAAUUUAGCAACGUAUGACUGAUAUACAUGAAAUGUUUUUAUUAUGAUAUGUACUUGCUUCUAAUAAAAAUAUAAAAAAUUUUUAAAAAGCAAUUAGGUAAGUAGUUAAACCAAAGAAAAAUCAGUAAUACCCCAAAGAGUGUGAAAUAGCACUGACUGGUUUGAAUAAGGAAUAACAUGAACCUGAUGGGCCCAACGAUCUCCUUAUAAUGGCAUAGAAAUAAGCCUUUGGCCCAUCAGGCUCAUGCCAUCUCCCAGGGAUGCAAUCCCACUAACUACAUUCUGACACUAGGGUGGUGAUAGUGGCCUUUACCUGCAAAUAGGGAUAGAAAAUUCAAUGCAGUAGCACAAAAAUGGAGUCUGAAUAAAGGGUUGCAACAACACGACAUCAUAACAUGAUAAUCAAAAUGAAGGUGUUAUUAGCACUCCAAAGCUCCAGGAACUCUUCUCUACAAAAAAAUGGGUCUACUUAUUUUAAGGAUCUAUCAGCUGAUAGAUGUGUGCAUAAUGUGCAGACCUUAAAUUACAAAACCAGAAGAAAACCACGCGUGUUGAAGAAAGCAGCCAAGACCCAGCACUUACUUGUGAUGCCUCAAGACUGCCUGCUGCAGAGUGCUGUCCACCAACUAGGUACUGCUUGGCCAUUAAAGCAUCACAGAAAUGCACUUGCAAGUUUCUCAUAUUUUAGUUGGACAUGCAUUCAAAUAAAAACCUGUGGGAAAGCUAUGUAAUAUUCACACAUAUUAUUGUACACAAUGUAACUUUACAAGAUAUGGUCCCUAUCAACAACACAUGGGCAGAUAUUUCUAAUCUUGUUUCAAAGCACUUCUUCAUCCUCAAGUAUACCUGUUGGUCAAUUUCUCCUUCCCUUACCACAUCAAGAAAAAAACCUUAAUUAGAGAAAGGCCUCAGCUUACUAGUUCUUUAUUCCCUUGGAAGGGGCUAUCUUUGAUAUAUGCACAUCAAAGAGCAGUGAAGAGGUGGGUGAAGGAGAAGCCACAGAAUAGCCCAAGCUCAAAGCCAGUAUCCUUCAUACCCGUUCCUCUUUAUUCUCACCACCAUUCAUAUUUUCUAUUCAUACUUAUCAGUAAUUUGAAUGGAAAUUGAAAAUCAAAACCAGAUAAUCCAAAAUGAAACCAGCAAGUGCUGGAAACUCAGCAGGUCAGAUAGCAUCUGUGAAAAUAGAAACAGGGUUAGCAAUUCAGAUUCUGUUUCUGUGCAUGUUUUCAGCACUUUCUGACUAUUACAAUUUUAAUAGCACCAGGUUAAUAUAACUUCAACAAUUCAAAAUUAUGUUAGUAACCCACUUCAUCACAUACAUUGUCAACAGGUACAAUAACAUUUGUAUGAUUCCAGGUGGAACCAAUUCAUUUGAAUAAGUAUCUUUUGCCUUUGUUCCCUGAGCAUUUCCUUCACAAAGUUACGUUUGAGUGUACUGUUUUAUAGAUAGAAGUGCAAUUGUAUUUUGAAUUGAAAUUUUUCAUUAACAAAACAGGCUGCAGUUUUAUGUGAUAUUUAUAUCCACAGAUGCCACCACAUUUAAAAAAACAUAAAUUGAUCCAAGCUUUGCUGGCCACACCAUUAGGGAAGUUGCAUUUAAUCUAAUACAAACAAAUGAACACAUGUUCGUAUCUUGCACUCCAACAGGUGCAAACAAAAUAGUCAAAGUAUUGAGAACACAGAAAAAUCAAAGCGGAUGCUGCUACAAAUGCACAGUAGGCUGGUUAUUCCUAAGGUAAUUUGAACUCGGCUGUAUUGGAAAUGUUCUAUAUUUCUGUUAGCGGAAUCCAUUUUCCUAUCUUGCACUUCAGUCUUGCCAUUUUUAUCUAAGCCUUUAGAUGACAUCAGUUCAUCAAUCAGUAAAGCAUAAAACUUCACCACUGUGGUUGGCUGAUUACGAGUGAUGAUAAGUCAGUGUACAGGAGAGAGAUAGAACACCUGGUUGAAUGGUGCUGCAACAAUAACCUCUCACACAACCUCAACAAGACAAAGAAACUAAUUAUUGACUUGAGAAAGGAGAAGUUAGGAGACCAUGUGCCAGUUUUCAUUGGUAGAUCAGUAAUAGAGAGUUAGCAGCUUCAAAUUCCAAGGCAUUAACAUCUCAGGUGCUGUGUCCAGGGCCAGUACAUAGAUGUAAUCAUGAAGAAGGUACGCCUGCGCCUCAACUUCAUCGGAGUUUAAAGAGAUUCAUCAUGUCUCUGAAUACUCUAACAAUCUUCUACAGAUGUACUGUAGAAAGUAUCAUGACUGUUCACAUAAUUCCCUGGUAUGGCAAUUUCAAUGCACAGAAAUGCAAGAGGCUGCAGAAACCCAAAACAUCACAGGCACUGCCCUCCCGCCAUCGAAAGCAUCUACAUGAGGUUCAUGAGCAUCUUCAGGAAUGCGAGAUUGAUCGUUAAAUCUCCCACCAUCUGGGCCAUUCCUUCCUCUCACCACUACCAUCGGGAAGGAGGCACAGAAACCUGAAGUCCCACACCACCAGAUUUAGGAACAGCUACCUUCCUACAUCAUUCAGGUUUUUGAUCCAACCUGCACAACCCUAAUUCUACCUCAACAACAGAACACUACAGAUUCCAUGGAGUUGUUUUCUAAUUGUGCUUUGCGCCAAUGUUUUUUUUUUUUGCAGUAUCUUUUAGAAAUGUUACAUGUAAUUUAUGUAUUAUUUUGUUCUGUGUGUUUGAGUCUCUGUGCUCAUGAUGCUGCUGUAAGCAAAAUUGUAAUUGUACCAGUUCCACAUCAUACUUAUGCAGGUGACAAAAAACAACACCUGAUGCUGAUAAUCUAAAUCAGUAGCAGGGUUGUGUAAAAUUGGAGAGCAUAGAUUUAAGGUAAUAGACAAUUGACAAUAGGUGCAGGAGUAGGCCAUUCGGCCCUUCGGCCAGCACCGCCAUUCACUGUGAUCAUGGCUGAUCAUCCACAAUCAGUACCCCGUUCCUGCCUUCUCCCCAUAGCCCUUGACUCCGCUAUAUUUAAGAGCUCUAUCUAACUCUCUUGAAAGCCUCCAGAGAAUUGGCCUCCACUGCCUGCUGAGGCAGGGAAUUCCACAGAUUCACAACUCUCUGUGUGAAAAAGUCUUCCCUCAUGUCCGUUCUAAAUAGCUUACCCCUUAUUGUUAAACUGUGGCCCCUGGUUCUGGACUCCCCCAACAUCGGGAACAUGUUUCCUGCCUCUAGCGUGUCCAAACCCUUAAUAAUCAUAUAUUUCAAUAAGAUUCCUUCUCAUCCUAAAUUCCAGAGUAUACAAGCCCAGCCGUUCCACCACCAUUUGCAGUAAGUAGUGCCUUUCAACUUCAAGCCAAAGCACCCAAGCCA